CAAAAAAGUCAGUUUCGUUUUGACCUGAUGGAAUAUGGCCGUGUUGGGGCCGUGCGUGAGUGUAAAUAUGAAUGGGCACAAUAAUAUUCACAGUCAGUUAACAAAAUCGUUAGAAAGAAUUUUAGAAGAUGCUUAUUUGAGUGGUGAAUUAAAAUUAAGUGGACGUAAGUUGCGAGACUUCCCGAAACCAGUGAAAUAUGACUUGAGUGACACAGUUGUGGCUGAUUUAUCGAAGAAUCGAUUCAGUGAAGUGCCCGAUGAAGUGACUACUUAUGUGUAUUUAGAAAAGUUGUUGUUAUCGCAAAAUAUCAUCAGAAGUGUUCCCGGGACGGUCGGGGGAUUGCAGUCGCUAACUUAUUUAGAUCUCAGUUCAAAUCAGCUCACCGAGCUGCCCAGAGAAGUAUGUCAGAUGCCACUUCAGGUGCUCUUAGUUCCCGACAACUUGCUGUCCACACUGCCGAAGGAGAUCGGCAAGAUGACGUCACUGGCUGAGCUGGAUGCCUCCAAUAACAGGCUGACGCAAGUCCCUAUGGCUCUGGGAGACUGCUCUGGACUGAGGGCUUUAGAUUUGAGCCACAACCAGUUAGGACUAUUACCUUUACAAAUUACAUACCUUAGGUUGGAACAUUUGGACGUCAGCUGUAAUUGCAUAUCCUCACUGCCGCUGGAGCUGCGGAAUAUGAACACACUCGUCACGUUGAAUCUGGACAACAAUCCUCUAGUCUCACCGCCUACUACGAUUUGCAUGCGCGGGCGCGUGCACAUCUUCAAAUACCUAGAGAAUAUGGCAAACAAAGAUAACUUACCGGCACACAAAAGGAUCGAAGAGACCCGAAGAACGGCCAAACACAGUUCGUACAUAAACAACUCGCCGAAUCAGUCGGCGAACCAUCAAAUUACAUCGGGCAACGCUACCAUUGACUGCUUGAGGCACAAACCGAGGCAUGUGGUGGAUAGUGGAUACAGUACGGACGGCGUAGACAAGAGGUGGUCAAAUGAUGGAGGCGGCGAAGCGGGGGGCGGGGGCUCCGGUCGGUCAACGCCAUCUACACCGUCAACCCUGUCUCCAGGAGCAGCGCUAUCGCGGGCUCAGUCUCUAUCGAGUGAGACGCCGCUAGCGCCGCUCACUCCUCUGCUAUCGGGCCUACGUAUUUCGCCCGAUGGGAACCUUUCCAAUGGCGACGAUAAGAGUAAAGUAGCCCAUCAACAAACAUACAGACAAUACAAAGAAGCCCUAAGACAGCAGCGCCAGCAAGACGUCUACCGACCCCGAACGGACCAGCCCUCGCCUGAACUGGACUCCUCCCCCCAAUCCUUAAACCAGAGUCCAGUCCACGCGAAGUCCUCCCCUCACUCACCAGUCAACGGCUACAGUAACGUAUCCCCUAGUUUCUACUCCCGAUCCAUAUCUUCCAACGCUAGCAUUUCUACCUCAUCCCCUAAUUCGUCUCAAGUGCCAAACUCCCCCCUCCUCCAUUCCACCCCCAGACGAUUCCAGAGUCAGAAUGGGAAUAACGACAAAGAAGAAAAUAAACGACCAGUGCAGAAAGUUGUGCCAUCUCGUAAUGUCAACAAAAUGUAUUCGAGCGUCAAUGGAAACGUAGACUACAACCGAGUGAACGGUCAAACCGAAGUGUACAUUAAACCGACAUCACCUACUAAAUCACCAACUAGUACAUUAGGGUACAAUAGCAUAGGGAAGUCUAGUAUACCGCGAGUGAAUGGGGACAGCGCUCGACUGUUGACCACAAGCGUGUCGUACUUGAAAGGUGCACCGAAGCCGGCGGGCAAGAUGGCGUGGAAUAAAGAGGCGGCGGCGGAUAAGCUCAGCUUCACCAUGAAGAGGGAGUUUGAUAAGCAGAAGGAAGAGGAAGAAUUAUUGCAGCAGUUGAGGACGAUAAUAGAAACACGACUGAAGAUGUCACUCCCAGAACAGUUGGCGCCGGUUCUCUGCGACGGGGUGGUACUGUGUCAUCUCGCCAACCACGUGCGACCUCGCGCCGUCGCCUCCGUGCAUGUACCCUCGCCCGCGCAGCCCAAACUCACAAUGGCAAGGUGUCGAAGAAACGUGGACAACUUCUUGGAAGCGUGUCGAAAAAUUGGAGUUGAAGAGAAACUAAUGUGCUGCGCGGCCGACGUUCUCGAGGGCAAAGGCACAGUGCAAGUGGCCAUCACAGUAACCGAGCUCCUUCGGCGACACAACAGCCUACGAGGCUCCCCGCACCCCGCGCCGCCCGCCGCGUCCGCGCCUUCCGCCGCCGCCACCUAGCGUCCGAUGCUUGCGCUCGCGCCGCAAUCCACUCUGUCGCUCUAGUGUACGUGAAGUGAUAGUGAAGAAGUACAGCAAGGUAUUUGAGACGACGUACUUGAAGUGAACAUGUGUAUGAGACGAUUUGUUCUAGGUGUACCAAAAGUUAAAUAAGUGUCUGAAUGUGAAGCUAUUAAUACUAAUAUAGCAAGGUUUCUCGUCUCCCUAUGACGUCAUCUAGUGUCCGAUGCUUGCGCUCGCGCCGCAAUCCACUCUGUCGCUCUAUCGUACAUGACGAGGUAUUUGAAGCAAUUUGUUCUAGGUGUACCAAAAGUUAAAUAAGUGUAUCGGAAAGUGAAGCUAGACUUGUAAUGCUAUUACUAAUUAUGAUAGGGCACGAUUCUGUCACCUAAUCUGAGGUUUCGUUCGGUUAAAAGAGUUGUCCACCCCUACCACGGUUUAAGUGGCCAUCACAGUUACCGAGCUCCUUCGGCGACACAACAGUCUACGAGGCUCCCCGCACCCCGCGCCGCCCGCCGCGUCCGCGCCUUCCGCCGCCGCCACCUAGCGUCCGAUGCUUGCGCUCGCGCCGCAAUCCACUCUGUCGCUCUAGUGUACAAGUGAAGAGGUGUUUGAGACGAUUUGUUCUAGGUGUACCAAAAGUUAAAUAAGUGGCUGAAUGUGAAGCUAUUACUACUAAUAUAGCAAGGUUUCUCGUCUCCCUAUGACGUCAUCUAGUGUCCGAUGCUUGCGCUCGCGCCGCAAUCCACUCUGUCGCUCUAUCGUACAUGACGAGGUAUUUGAAGCAAUUUGUUCUAGGUGUACCAAAAGUUAAAUAAGUGUAUCGGAAAGUGAAGCUAGACUUGUAAUGCUAUUACUAAUUAUGAUAGGGCACGAUUCUGUCACCUAAUCUGAGGUUUCGUUCGGUUAAAAGAGUUGUCCACCCCUACCACGGUUUAAGUGGCCAUCACAGUUACCGAGCUCCUUCGGCGACACAACAGUCUACGAGGCUCCCCGCACCCCGCGCCGCCCGCCGCGUCCGCGCCUUCCGCCGCCGCCACCUAGCGUCCGAUGCUUGCGCUCGCGCCGCAAUCCACUCUGUCGCUCUAGUGUACAAGUGAAGAGGUGUUUGAGACGAUUUGUUCUAGGUGUACCAAAAGUUAAAUAAGUGUAUCCGAAUGUGAUGUGAGACUUGUAAUUGUUACCUACCCGGUAAAUUAUCUAUAGCCAAGUUUCGGCUCUCCUCGCCGCCGUCAUCUAGUGCCCGAUGCUUGCACUCGCGCCGCAAACAACUCUGUCGCUCUAGUGUACGUGAAGUGAUAGUGAAGAGGUAUUUGAGACGAUUUGUUCUAGGUGUACCAAAAGUUAAAUAAGUGUAUCCGAAAGUGAUGUGAGACUUGUAAUUGUUACCUACCCGGUAAUUUAUCUUAUAGCCAAGUUUCGGCUCUCCUCGCCGCCGUCAUCUAGUGCCCGAUGCUUGCACUCGCGCCGCAAACAACUCUGUCGCUCUAGUGUACGUGAAGUGAUAGUGAAGAGGUAUUUGAGACGAUUUGUUCUAGGUGUACCAAAAGUUAAAUAAGUGUAUCCGAAUGUGAAGCGAGACUUGUAAUAUGUUAGUCGAGCACUUGGUCAAUACUAUCACCCGGUACCAUAAGAUAGCAAAGAUUUUCCACCCAAUGCCGUCUGACAUCUACCGCGAAGCUUGCGCUUGCGCUGCAAUCUACUCUGUCGCUCUAGUGUACAAGUGAAGAGGUAUUUGAGACGGUUUGAUUUGUUCUAGGAGUACCAAAAGUUAUGGAUAAGUGAAUAAGUGUAUCGAACAAUUUGGAUAACGAUAUGAUCGGACACUGUCGAUUCUACCACCGGCGCCAUCAAGUGGCCAAAUCUUGCGCUGGCGCUGCAAUCCACUUCGUAACUCUAGUGUACCUAAUAAAAAGGUAUUUGAGACGAAUUGUAAGUGUGACCGACCGUAAAGCGAGGUAUUAUCGCAUUACCGGAUAGUUUACCCUAAUGGGUUUAGGUUUAGUCACCUAGUGCCCGAAAAAUGUAGCAAGGAUUCGCGUGGCUGUAAAUAUUUUUUUGAAACCUAAUAGAGACAUAAAAGUAAUUUAUUUUCUGCGAGAAACCUUUACAAAGCGCUUAGACACAGUCUAAAAUUAUUACUACAGUCGUACUAACACUGUCGUUCAUAAUUUUACACUCCGAAAUCGAGGAGACAAUGGAAUCGAAAAUAAACUAUAUCCAAACUGCCACGUAGUGUGGUCUGUAAGUGCUAAUUUCUAUAUUUCUAAUGAAGGUUCACGCCCACCGACCUUUGGCCAAGAAAGCGAAUGAUUUUGAAUUGAUAACUAGUUGGAGGCUAAGUAAUUUUAGUCCCUAAUGUGAGGUAUCAAAAUUAAAUGUAAUUUAUCACUAGGAAAUUCGACCCUACAUUAGAUUAGAACUGCUUGUUCGAGAGAGAGUGACGUCACUUCGAAUUAGAUCAAGUCAACCAAAUUACAAUAAAAAUGUAUUUGUAAUGUGAUAUAACUUUCCACUGCUUGAUCUCAC